CGCCCACCACCACUGGAGCGCGCCACAAGACCUCAGCUCGUUCUUGGUCUGCAGUGAAUGAACUAAACUCUCCUUCCAGACACUUCUGAUGAUCAUCUGACUGGAUUAUUUCUGUCACGCUGGAAAAUUAAGAUAACAAGCUGCCAUCUGAAUUCAUCUCCGCCGACCCGUUGGCGACUGUCACGCACACUGGACUUUUGUUUCUAUAUUUAAGUCUGAAGCAACGGAAGAAAGACUCGAUUAUUUCAGGCUAAAGUUAAGUUUAGCUUUAACGGUUGUCAUAUGAAGGAUAUGGGCAGAUGUGGACAUGUUGCGUUAUGCGCGAUUCUGCUCUUCUACUGCUCUAUCGUUACAGUUUCUGCUGCCACGCGUAUCCUACAGUCAAACAGUGGAUGUGUCACAAAUUCUACUUCAUCUCAUUUAUCUGUGAAGAGGAAAGACGGCGUGUCUGAAGUCAACAUGACCUCAGUUCUGCAGACGAUGGAGAUGGACUUCAGUAAUCAGACACAGCCUCCUGUUAACAACACCAGCACUGAGUCCACGCCGCACACAAACACUACAGCAGGGAUUGUAGUGAACUCAACAACCCCAAUGGAGGACAUCAGUUUCUCCAACAACGUCACAGCCAGCCAAAACAAGUCUGAUGUGUCCCAUGUGCAGAAUCACACAGCAGCCAACACAACAACACCAACUAUACUCCUGCCAUUCACAACCCAUAAGUCCCCAACCAGCCUCAGCGCCACCAUCCACACUAUGACCACUGCAUCCAGCAGAACAACACACUCCAGCAAUUCAGAAUCAAGAGCUGACCUAUCAUCCACUGCGACCCAAAACGCACAGACGACCACGAACAGCAGCAGUCCCAUCCAGGCCAGAGCACACAUGGACACCCCAUCAGAACUCAACAUCGGAGAUGACGACAGUAACAAAGUGUCCACUGACCCGCUGCUGGCUGGACUGGUGUCAGCGUUCGUUGUGGUCGCUGCCAUCGUGUCGGUGCUCGUAUUCCUGAAAUUCAGAAACACAAACAGCGGGCCGGAGUUUCGCAGACUUCAGGAUCUUCCCAUGGAUGAUAUGAUGGAAGACGCUCCUCUCUCCAUGUACAGCUACUGAAAAACACGGAGCGCUCGUCACAAACAGACACCGUUAGACAAACAGGACUAAAUGUCUUUGGCUUUUCUUGCACUUUAUGUGAGGUUUUGGAAAGGGUCUGUAAUGUCUUCAGUUUCUCCGAUAGUCGUUUUGUCUGCAUCCACUUCUUCAGCGUUUGUUUUUCUGUCUAAUCCUACAACUAACCUUCUGCUUUGUUUGUUUUCUAAUCAAGUCUUUUGUUAAAGAAAUGCUCGUUUCUUAAUGUUAUACUGUACAUCCUCCAAGUCAGCAUUGGUCGGGAUUACUGAAAUGCGCUUAUGAUUAAAUUAGCCGUUAGUAGUCAUAUAAUAUUGACGUUUACAUGAGAGUAAUGUGAUAAAACAGCUACUAAUGGUGAGUUCAGACUGUAGGAUUUUCAAAGUAGUGGCAUCACAGAUGUUUUCCCACUGCAUGACUAUCUGGGGUAGUGUGCAGUCGCUGCUGUGUUUACACUGCAAGAUGGAUCGGCGACAGGGGGUUUCACACUGCAUGACUUUACAAUAGGAGAAUCACCGACAACUUUGUCUCGGUCCACAAACUACGUCUCACAACCAAACAAACCCAAGAAAUGACAAGGAAAUAACGCGAGGUCACUUAGUAUAUCUUUUGUUAUUACCCUUUAAUGAGAACGAAGCCUUUAGUGCGGUAGAAAAUGAAUUAUUUUGCUCACCUGGGUUUUGAGGGGAAUUAGUGUUUUUUCUUAAACAUUUUUCUCUUAUUCGAGCCGGUUGUGUGCUCAGACGACACGUCAAACAGACACGGGGGCUCCUGCCAAAUUUACACUAGUUUUUCCUUCAUUUCUUGGGUCCAAAUAGACCGAAAAGAAACACUUUUACCUCAGGAUUUCUGCAGGUUUCACCAAGUUAAAUUUAAGAUAUUUUUAAGAGCAUUAUUAAUUAUAUUUUAGACUCCUACAGGGCUAAACACUAAUACUAAUGGCUUUUUUAUUUGACCUAUCAAAAAAUAUAAUUUAAUACAUUUAAUCAGCUUGUUGAGUGUGAUUGCGAAGCGGUUUCCGGGUCCAAGCGCUCCAUUCAACUGUAUGGAGAGACUUAUGAAUUAUAAACGUUAUAAAGCAAUUUAAUACUUUCGAAAAUCACGAUCGCAAUAUAUAUGUCCACAGGGCUCAAAAUUAACCCAUUUGAUUGGUAGCACCGGUGCUCGUAACUUAAAAAAUGUAGGCGCAUCAGUCAAAAUUUAGUCGCACCCACCAUUUAUAAGCACCGUUACUACAAGUUUUAUACAAACAUAUUUAUUGCAUUUAAAAUCAACACUAAUCAAACUUACAAGCAAAAAAAUAUAUAUGCAAGCAUGAGGAAAAUAUGUCUCAACGAAAUCCCGUUAUCCAAAGAAAAUAGAUUUUUAAAACAGAACUGAGUAAGCAAAAAAUACACGGAGCGCUCACCGGCCCUGCACACACUGCCUGACAUAAAUGAAUCUGUUAACGAUAAAACUGUGCUGUUCUCACAAGUGCUGUCUGAUAUUGCACUGAUGCUUUUGACAUAUACUGUGCCUUAUUAUAUGCAUACGUCAUGUUAAUAGCAAUACCGGUCUUCAUGAGUAGCGAUAUUAGUUUACUCAGUGUAAGCCAGUU